AUGUCGCUGAAGCAGGAGAUAGAAACAUGGGUGCAAGCCCUGGACGCAUACGACAAUCAGGAGUUUGAAGAAUCUCUACGGCACUUUGAUCUGAUUGCGGAUACUUCCAAGAUCCUCUUCAAUUGCGGAGUGAUCUAUGCAACACUCGGAGAACACGACAAAGCAGUAGAGUGUUACCAACGAGCCGUCGCAUUUGACCGGUACCUCGCAAUUGCAUACUUCCAGCAGGGUGUCUCAAACUUCCUCCUAGGUGACUUUGAAGAGGCAUUGGCUAAUUUCAACGAUACGCUGUUGUAUCUGCGUGGGAAUACGUCCAUUGACUAUGAGCAGCUGGGCCUCAAGUUCCGAUUGUAUUCGUGCGAAGUCUUAUUCAACCGUGGACUAUGUUAUGUCUACCUCCAGCAGAUGGUCCCCGGCUUGCAGGAUCUCUCCUAUGCGGCAAAGGAGAAAGUCACGUCAGAUCAUGACGUGAUUGACGAUGCCAUUCGUGAAAACGCAGACGGAUACACGGUAUUCUCAAUCCCCGUGGGCGUGCUAUAUCGCCCCAAUGCAGCCAAGGUGAAAAACCUCAAGUCCAAGGACUACCUAGGCAAGGCAAGACUGGUCGCGGCAUCAGAUCGGUCUCACGGGGCAGACCACCAGUGGCGACCCAUGAUCAUCGAUAAAGGCGCACUCGAAGACCGUGAAGGCGUCUCCUGGGCAGCCACAAACCUCGUCCAUAAGGGCAUAACCAGUCGUACUCGUCAGCAAUCAGAACCUCCCCUUAACCGAAAUGUCUUCCCUCCAACACCUCCGCCAGAUGACCGAUCAACAAGCAAUGGCUCCGUGGCAGGCUCCUCCUCCCACCACCGCUCAUCCUCCCUCCGAAUCGGCCGGCCACCCCGGCUCGACCUCGAACGCACAGGAGCCAGUCUUGACCGUAGAGCACCGGGACAAGAGGCCGUCCCAGCUGCAGAAAAGCCACGCAUUGGCACUACUCGAACUGCAUCCGAGCCCCGAGGCCCAGUAUCCCGACACCAAAACAUGCGCGGCUUCGGUGAACCUAGUCGUGGCGGGUGGCCUCACGGCCACCGCAGAAACCUGAGCGACACCAACUCAAACGCCACUCCCAAUUUCAUAUUCCCUGAGCAGUUUGAAUACAGCCAGCUCGACCCACACACCUACGCCAGUCCCGCCAACCUAUCCAGCGCAGGCUGGGGCCGCGCCCGACACCAACCACCCGCCUUCAUCGACGAAGAAGACGAAUACGGCAGCGACGUCUGCGACGGCGAGCCUAUCAAAGACGGCUCCUUUGAACUCCUCAGCGCCGCGCCCGGUCCCCACGGCCUGGGUUCCUCGCCCGCACAGAGUCACCAGCAAUGGCGUACCCGGUCACCAGCGCAAUUCUCACGACGAGCGAACUCGCGACGACCGGAGGUGCGGCGGUUCCGGACAAAGGUGCAUGCGCCGGAUGAUAUUCGGUAUAUCAUGAUUGGGCCAACGGUGGAGUUUGCGGAGUUUGAGGGGAAGAUUCGGGAGAAGUUUGGGUUUCAGGGGCCGUUGAGGAUGAAGGUGCAGGAUGAUGGGGAUAUGAUUACGAUGGUUGAUCAGGAGGAUUUGGAUCUGUUGUUGGCUAGUGCGAGGGAGGUGGCGAGGAGGGAGGGGAGUGAGAUGGGGAAAAUGGAGAACACCCACAUCACCUCCCUCCUAAAAUACCUCCACUCAAUCCGACACGCCUACCUCACCACAACAGCCCACCCACGCCGCCAACCCAAAGACUCCCACUCCCACUCCCACCCCCACUCACAAACAACCCUCACAGACCCAGAACGCGAUGCAAUCGAUACCUCAACAGCCCUCCUCCUCCGCGACCUCGCAACCUCAAUAACAAACCUCUCCACCGCCGAAACCCUCCGCCAAGAAACCUCCGCCUCGCUCCUGCGCAAGAAAUACGGGCACACCGCCGCCGGCGCGUUGCUCUGGCGCUGGGCCGGCGGCGGCAGCGCGCUCGACGAGUCCGCGCUGCAGCAGGGCAAGUCGGGGGAGCAGAUUGAGGCUGAGGAGCGGGCGAAGGCGAUUGCGGGUGUGAGGGAGGGGGUGCUUUGGUUUUUGAGGAGGGGAUUGGAGGGGGUUGCGAGUGUGCAGAGGGGGAUGGUGGAGAAGAGGAUUGAGAGGGUUAGGGAGAAGGAGAAGAGUGUUUUGUAUAAGAGUGGUGGUGGUGCUGCUGCGAAGGGCGGUGGUGAUGUAUCGGUUUCUGGAGGAUCUGCAUCUAGGACGGUGGAUGGGUCGAGUUCGUCGGUGCCGAUGCCUGAUGCGACGGUGUUGAGUGAGGCGGAGACGGCGCGUAUCGAGGCGCAGUUGUCUCCGGAGCAAUUGCAGUUGUUUGCCGAGGAGAAUGAUACCAUGUUGAGGCAUUAUGAGGAUACCCUGGGGAAAGUACAAAAUGCCGAAAAGUCUCUUCUGGAAAUAUCCUCUCUACAAGAAACCCUCGUCUCACACCUCUCCACGCAAGAGGAGUACAUCUCACAAUUGGUUAGCGACGCGGACACGACACAGGGCAAUGUGGACCGUGGUAACAAGGAGCUUAAGCGCGCGACGGAACGACGGAGUACGGCGCAAGCGGUGUUUUGGGGCACGGUUGGACUGUGUACGUGGCUCGUGGUAUGGGAUUUGGUGUUUUGA